UACCAUUUCUUCUAAUCGAUCCCCACCCCUUCUCUUUCUUCACCAGCCGCCAUCAUCUCCUCAAAGGCAGCCCCUUAACCACAACCACUGCCACUUAUCCUCAGCCACAUCCCGCCGCCACCAUCUCCUCAACCUCAACCGCCGCCAUCAUCUUCUUUUCAAUCACAGCCGCCGCCACCACUUCUCCUCAACCACAGCUGCCGCCACCACUCUCUCCGCUCAUCGGUGAUUGCACAGUAUCACAUCUCUUAUCACCACCACCACGCUUUGUGCAAAAACAACAGAGGAGCAACCCACAGAUCAAUCCAGAUCCAUUUGCAUCAUGAGACCGUGGUCGGAGGUUACGGCGGAGGUGGUGGUGGUAUCACCGGAAUUAUUAGAAUGAUAGGUGAAGCCCCCAAAACCAAUACCUGAUCUGAAAACACACAAGCAAACAAUGACAACAAACAAUCGAACCAUGCCCGAUAGACUCCAAACCCUAGAAUUCCAAAGCUGCAAAGUCAACGGCGAAGAUUGCGAACUCGAAGGACUCGAGAAGCUAGAGGCCGGUGUGAAUCAUAUGGCUGAGAAAAUAAUUGAAUAUAGAGCUUCACUGCCGGAUCGGCUCAAGAACACUCUCGCUUCGGUUCUUUCUUCACAGAGACCCGUUCUUGUGACCCAUUUCAAAGAUGGGUCCGAACCCGGACCAUCCGGUGACCCCAACCCAGGACUUAUGGAACCAGGUAAAGCGGCCUCCAUAUCCAUAGCAGAAGAUGAAGAGACUGCUGAGGACACACAAAUGCUUGAACAAAGGAUUUCUAGUAAUCUCUCUGCCAUGUCUGUUGUUUUGAAGAGGAUGAGGGAAUGCAUUUCUAGAAUUGACAAUCUAUAUUCAUGCAAUGGAAGCAUCCAUCCAGCUUUUAAAAGAAAAAAGACUAGCUGACCCAAUUCAUUUCGCAUCUGCGUGAUUUUUGCCAGUCUUGUUUAUUUGAAGAGAAGAGGAGUGUGUGUUGCCACUAGGGCUGCAACCUGGGCUUGCCCAACCCAGCCCUGACUCAACCCGAAGCGGGUUGGGUUGGGCCAACCCGAAUUAAACUCAACAUGGGUUAUGAUCAUAACCCGGACCGAAUAUUUUCGGACGGUUUGGGUCGGGUUGAUGGGUUGAGUUCUUUAUUUUCAUUUUUUUAAAAAAAUUUAUAUAUAUAUAUAUAUAUAUAUAUAUAUAUAUAUAUAUUAUAUUAAUAAUUAAUAUAAUAUAUAUAAAAUAUUAUAUAUUAAAGCAAAAUAUUUUUAGGGCAAAUCACUUCAGCCUCCCCAUCUCCAUUCUCUCUGGAAACCCCCCCCCCCCCUCUCUCUCUCCAACUGUAAAUUACAAAAUCUACAAGAAUCAUCAGAAGUUCAAAACCUAUAUUUCAGUUUAAUCUAUCUAUCUGUAAGAAUCAAAAGUUCAAAACCCACGGCAUAUCAUUUCAAAUUGUUCAAAAAAUCAAAACCAGAUCGGCAUAUCAUUUCAGAUUGUUCAAAAAAUAAAAACCCAGAUCUUUCAGUUUCCAUCGCCCGCUGUUCCAGUUCGGAUUCGCCGUUCGCAAGCUUCAGCCGUUGUAUCUCAACUCUCAAGCUUAUCCCCUCUCUGUUUGGAAAAAAGGAAUUUCAUUUCCUCUUCGUCGACAAAUUACAAGUUGCAGAAAGUGGGAAGAUUUGUGUUGACGGAUCUGGUGAUAUUCUCGUCUAUCCGGCAGAGGUCGCCGUCUCUGGAGGCUUUCCUGGCACCGGUGGAGUCGCCGCUGUCUCUCAACUCUCAAGCGGCGGAGAGAGAAAGAGAAAGAAGAGAGAGAAAAAGAAGAGAGAGGAGAGAGAAAUGAAGGAAAAAAAAAAAAAUUGGGUUUCGGAUUGGGCCCGAGCCCAAUCCGAAUAUGUCUGGGUUUUAACAAAACACAACCCGAACAUGAACCCGAUUUGGGAAUUUAAAACCCAAUUUUCAAAAUUACGGGUUGGACUUGGGUUGGGCUGGGUUAGCCCGCCCAAGUUGCAGCCCUAGUUGCCACCAUCUGUAUAAUGAUUCCAUCCAUCCAGCUUUUGAGAAAGUAAGGGGUUCAAUAACAAGAUAUGUAUUUCCAUUGCUGGAACUGGACAUCCUGGUUGCAUUGUAAUUAAUAAAGAGCGUUGAUUUAAGUAUUCCUGUUAUGUGUUAAAUGUAAUGGAAAAAUGAUUGUCCUGCCAUCGAAGUUGUCUUUUUAGUUGUGCUCUCUCUCUCUCUCUGAGCGGUGAGCGCAGAAAGACUGACAGCAGAGCUUGUGUGUGUGUGUGUGUG